AUGGCUAAGGAGGAGGAGGAGCUUCCAGCAAUCUUGGUGUUGGCUUCUUCAUUUGGGAUCGACAUCAAAUCUCAAAACCCUCCAAAAUACCGUUUUCUCGAAGCCUUCUCUUCACCCAUCCCACUCCUCCAAUUCCUCCAACAACAACAAACCCUCCCUCCCUCUGUCCGCGCUAUUAUCUGCAACGCGCUAAAGCCGGUCACUGCUGACGUCAUCCGGUCACUCCCUUCGCUCGGCUUGAUAGUCACCGCCAGCGUCGGUACUGACCACAUCGACCUCACCGAGUGCCGCAGCCGCCGCAUCCAGGUUGUCAACAUUGGUGGACUGUUCACCGCCGACGUUGCUGACAUGGCCGUCGCGUUGUUUAUUGACGUUCUGUUCAAGAUCUCCGCCGGUGACCGCUUCGCUAGGAAUUGGGGUCUUUCUAAGCCGUUGGGUUUCCCUUUCGGUUCAAAGUUAGGAGGCAAGCGAGUUGGAAUUAUUGGAUUGGGAAGAAUUGGUGGGGAAGUUGCUAAAAGGCUAGAAGCCUUUGAUUGCAUAAUUAAGUACCAUUCAAGGAACAAGAAUCCAUCAGUAUCAUACACUUUCUACUCCAAUGUUGUUGAUCUUGCUUCUAACAGUGAUGUUCUUGUUCUUUGUUGUCCAUUAACUGAGCAAACAAGGCAGAUAAUCAACAAGGAAGUGAUGUUAGCAUUGGGGAAGGAUGGAAUCAUCAUAAAUGUUGGAAGAGGAGCUUUAAUUGAUGAAAAGGAAUUGGUGCAGUGUUUGGUGAAAGGGGAAAUAAGAGGUGCUGGUUUGGAUGUGUUUGAGGAUGAGCCUAAUGUUCCUAAAGAGCUAUUUCCAUUGGACAAUGUUGUCCUUUCACCACAUGCUGCUGCUUUGACAUUAGAUGGUUUCAAGGAUUCAUGUGACUAUGUGACAAAGAGUUUAGAUACCUUCUUCUCAAUUAAACCUCAAGUUUCUAAAACUAAACUCGCAUGUGACUAA